GCGCGAUGUUCAAAAUUAAUUUCCUUUUUCAGUCUGUUGUUGUUCACUUCAGAUACUAUGGAGACACGGAACAGCAUCGUAAAGACUCCACUCAACAGAGUUUUGACACAAAGACGAAGCAGAAGUUACAGGCGAUCAUGGCGCAGCUGUGUUGAAGCAACAUCACACUUUGGUUACACUCCUGGCCAACUUACAGCUCUAAGGGUACCGACGAGCAGAAAAGCACCAAAGUCCCGUGAUAUUACGAAACAUGUUGACCCUGAUCAAGUGGCCCUCCUGGUCAAAGGGGAAUGGCGAUUGUCCUACGUCACCCCUCUGCAUCGUUUCAGAUACACCCUGCUAAAGUCGUACUCCAAGCAGAUGUCUGCAUUUAUUGUGUCAGAGAAGCAGCAAGGCCUGGCAGUGGAAGUGGGACCUGAGUCUGACUUCAAGGUCACCUUCUCCGUGGUGCUCGGGCUAGCAGAAACUGACGAAGAUGCAGAAACGAUUAUCAUUCAAAUUCAGUCAAGACCAUUAUUUGCAGCCAAAGACGAUGUACAGAAGGUGGUGUGGAGUGGCUGGCUGACCUGCGUCAACGGAGACCCCAUCUAUCUGCGCUCUCUACCCCUGGACUUUGUGUGCCUACCUCUGUUCUGCAGCAGAGGACCUGAGACCCUCACAGCAAUCGUCAAAUCCUGGUUCCAGAGGACCUUUGAUUGUUGUUUCGGCACUCUGGGCAUCAACUCUACCAACCUGCAGUGGCUGGCAUCUCUGUGGACUGGCUGCCACCCAGACAACAGCAUCCAGCACCUUAAACUGGUGUGGACCAUGCCCACGGUGCCUCCUAUGGAUGUGACCUACACGGUGAAUUCCCAGGACGCCUGGGAGCUGUGGAACAGCCUCCGUCAAGAACAGGAUGUCACCAACGACAGCAGUGUGGACCUUCAGGAAGUGAACCGCUUCAUGCAGGGGCUGGAAGCCCACUUCUACAGGCACUUCCGGGUCGAUCUGUCGGCCGGGCAACUGGUGCAGGUGACCACAGCGCUAGGCUCCGCUCAUCACAGCGGCAAAGUCAAGAUUGCCAACAGCAGCUACAUGACAACCAUCCUGAUGUUACUGACAGAAUGUGCUCUCCUCAAGAUGCCCAUCUAACUGGACCUUCAACAUUUGUAUAUUUGUACAAAAUACCUGUGUAAAUUGACCUUGUAAAUAUCCUAGUAUUCCCUUUUGAAAAGCUAUAUGCAUUUUAAAGCAACCAUGUUUUUAAAAGUCUGUCUUUGUUUUUAUACUGUUGCCAUGGUUCUCCAUAGUGUUGGUUUACAACUGAUUGUUGCAACUUAAGUCUUCACACACUAGUAUCUGGGUGUCUGAUAGUUUCUCAAAUCAGGUCUGACAUUCAGUGAAAAGUUAUAUCAGGAAAUAAGUCCCCCACUCCUUCUGGGAUACAUCUUUGUUUUUGAUUGAAAAUGUGUUUAACUGCAUGAUUAUCAAUAAAGUUUGAAAUACAAAUGGCCAAGAGAAAAGAUGGGGAGCUUCUGUUUACUACCAGCAUGAGUCAUUUUCUAUUGCACAGACAGAUCCACGACGGUUCAUACGGAUAGAAUGCCACACUUUUAUCAAGGCUUACAGAUGACACAGGCCUCAAACCCUCUCCAAAACAGACAGAACAGAUCUACCGUCUUCUUUCCCCCAAUGACAGUCUUAGAUUUCCAAAACUCAGAAGGGUGACACAUUCAUCAUAGGAGUAUGACAUUAUCCACCAGUGAGUCAAAGCAUAGCAUAUGCUAAAAAGCAACAUUAGCACAAUGAUGGACACAUCCAUGGUAGCCUGGUUCCAAAACUAUGCUUGGCGAAAGUACGAUGAAACAGUUAUGGCCUAGGUCUCACAGCAUCAUCGCUAUAGUCCAUGCAGUUCUGAAGAUGGCUACAUUUUCUUCCCCUCACAUGUAACAAGGGUGCUAUCAGAGCCAUAGCACGUACAGUAUCCUGGUUAGGGUUUCAUUCACCAGCUUUAUCUAAAAGAUUUACUCUGUGGCAGUGACAUGGUGACAAUUCUGUUACCAGGGUUUUACAUAGACCAACUGACAAGUUCAAAAUGCAUAUUACAA